AUGCAUUAUUUGCGAUCAGGGCGCACAAAACCGUCGUAUGUACUCUACUCGGAGGAAACGAAGAUCAACCUUCGACCACAACAUGUGAGUUUGUCAAUGAUUAAUGAAAACGGCCGAAGACUCGUCAUAGACGUAAAUGAUUUACGUAAGUACAAUGCGCAUAGGGCCAAACAGUUAUUAAUUAAUUAUAUUGUCGAAGAGGUAGCACUAAAGCGUGCUCUUAAAGAUUUUGUCAAAUGCAUAGACUUAGAUUAUUCCAAUAAGUAUGAUGAAUUUUUCGUGCAAUCGAUCCUGGUAAAAAGUGUACACUAUUGCCCGGCUACUAAGAAAACGUCGGAGCACAUUCAUACUGACUUCACGUCACCAUCAUUCAGUUUCAUUUCGGCAACAUCUGGUUGUGGUUAUCCAACAAGAGACGAUGAUGGUAACCUCUUGCAGACAGAGUAUGGGCUUUCUGUGUACAAAGAUCGUCAGACGGUUACGAUUCAGGAAUCGUAUGAAAAAGCUCCAGUCGGGCAUGCGUCCCGGCUUGUUGAAGUGUUAUUGGAGAACGAUUUGGUUGAUGAGUGCAAGCCUGGAGACAAAAUAAUGGUGGUUGGCAGUUAUCGUUGUUUUUUGCCUGCAAAAGGUAGCAUUUUUUUCAAAACAAUGACAAUUGCGAACAAUGUCAUAAUUAGAAAUGCAAAGUUUUUGGUAGAAAGGUCUGACUUCAACAUUUGCAGGAAAUUAGUGGAAGGACAAAAAGAUGCUAUAUUUGAGUUGCUGGCAAAUUCAAUAGCGCCCACUCUCCAUGGCCACAUACACGUUAAAAAAGCAAUUGUAUGUUUAUUGUUGGGUGGUGUAGAAACUACAUUACCAAACAAAACACGUAUACGUGGAGACAUAAAUAUUUUAUUAAUUGGGGAUCCGGCUGUUGCCAAAUCACAAUUACUAAGAUGUGUAUUGCAUGUUGCUCCCUUUGGAGUAUGCACUACUCAGUUUCUGCAGCAAUAA